UAAAAAAAUAAUAAAUGUCAUUCUCUAAAAUAUACGCAAAGUAUAAAUGCAGAAAUUUGUGUUCGUCAUUUCAGUUGACAAAAAUUAAUAAUUAUAAAUAUUUUUGAAGCAUAUCGAAAUGGCUGAUAAUUUACAAGAACCUGAGCAGUUUACAGAGGGCCCAAUGAAAUCGGAAAGCGUUUGGUGGCGCCACUCAAUUUCUGGUGGUUUAGCCGGUGUGAUUUCGCGUACAAGCACGGCACCAAUUGACAGAUUAAAGCUAUAUAUGCAGGUUCAAACCCGGAAAACUUCCAUACUCGAUAGUGCGAAUUAUAUGAUUAAAACCGGAGGCAUACGCAGUAUGUGGCGAGGAAAUGGUGUGAAUGUCUUAAAAAUCGGUUCUGAUUCAGCGAUCAAGUUCACAGUAUACGAGAAAGUGAAGCAUUUCAUCAAAAUAGAACGAAAUUCAUCGCAGGAUCAAAUGACGAUUGGGGAAAGAUUUAUUGCCGGUGCCAUAGCAGGGAGCAUCUCACAAACAGUCGUGUAUCCAUUUGAUGUUUUGAAGACCCGUCUAGCAUUGCGCACAACGGUUGAACGUCUUGGCUUGAUAAAUUUAGUUCAAAGUAUUUAUAAGACCGAAGGUCUUCGAACUUUCUACAAUGGUUAUACAAUUAAUUUAAUGGGUGUGAUACCUUAUGCUGGCAUCGAUCUGGCCCUUUAUGAAACAUUGAAGAAGUAUUUAAGCGGUGAAACAACAAACACACCUCCUAAUUCAUUGAUUUUAUUAGCCUGUGGUGCUGUUUCCAGUGCAGUUGGUCAGAUAAUUACAUACCCGUGUUCACUGAUACGCACGAGGAUCCAAGCUCAAGUUGUUCGAAGAGAUGAACGCCGCACCGGAAUCACUCAGCGGCCUGUGAGUAGAGAUACAACGAUUGGAAUAAUUAGAAAUAUUAUCAUCAAUGAAGGCUUAUCCGGAUUAUAUCGUGGAUUAAUUAUUAAUUUAGUCAAAGUAAUUCCUGCUGUUUGUAUUAGUUAUAUUGUAUAUGAGUAUUCGAUUCGAACGUUGGGUGUUUCAAUGAGUUAAUUUUCGUAACAUUAAUCGACAUUAACUUUAUAACAAUUUUUAUUAUUGCUUAGUUUGUAAGCUUAGUUUUACAAUGAAAAGUGCAAUUACAAUUGUUAAAAAAAUAUCCAGUAAUUUUAAUUUGAUAGUAUUUCUAUGAAUAUUUUGAAUGAACAUUUUUAUUAGCCGUAUUCAUGAAAAUAUAUCGGUCCUAUCCACCAUAGUUCUAACAUCCUCAAACAAAGAAAUUGAUGGUUGAAUAAGUACAUAUCUUACUUACAAAUUAAGCCAAAUUUGAAGUUAGUGCCUCAAGAUGGGGCAAGAUACAAUUUACAAUGACUUGGACGAAUGAAAAUUUGUUUUUUAUUUCCACAUGAGAUGAUACUUUUAGGAGUCAACGCGGACACACCUUUUAUCUGUAGGCUGGAAAUUACUUAACAAUAGUAUUUCAAUCAGUAAUUCCACAUUAAAUUUGUUGUUUUCCUUUUUUUCGGAUGAAACCCAUGCAAUUUUUUUGUGAUAUUGCUAAAAAUUCAUAACAUCGGUUCAGUAUUUUCUCUAGGCUUAGUCUUAUUAAGCCAUAUAGUUUUAUUAGUAACAAGAAAGGAAUGUUUAUUUAUUAAAUUUUAUUAAGAGAACAUACAAUUUGACCCAUAUAUUCGACAUAAAAUCUACUAGAAUAACGAAAACCAUUAAUAUAGUACAUAUAUGGGAGCUGAGAAAAUACAGUAUUUAUGUAAAGUUUUGGUCCUGUAAAGUUUCCUCUCUCGACGAACCAACAUCAAACUCUACAAGUCGCGUAUUAUUCGCGUCCUGAUUUUACCCGAUGUCACCUAUUUUCAUAGUGUAUACGAUGCUAAUGGUAAAUGUGUGCAGUAAGUUUAUAAACCAAACUAGCGUAAGUAGUUUGGCUACGCCCCCUUUUCGAAAGAAUAUAUCCAAAAAUAACCCUGUGACCCUCUAUACAAAAUUUGAUUUUCAUAGCUUUAUUUGUGGCUUAGUUAUAGCUCUUUAUAGAAUCUCCAUUAACUCCAUUUAGUGGUCCUAUUCUAACAUAACCCUUUAUUUACAUACAUUACUAUAUUUAAGUGUUGAAAAGAAUUCAAU